AGCUCCCGUUCGACUUCUGAACCUUGAGCUUGAGUAGACGAUCGUCCUCCUCGCCGUGUUCAGCAUGGUCCGUCUAAAGCAACGCUACAUUCUCUUCAACAUCAUCUACCCUGACUCGCCCUCCCUCUCAAGCUCCGGCUCAUCCUCAUCCUCAUCCUCAUCUCUCACCUUCUCCCACCCAACAGACGCAAAACUCACACCCCAAGCCCUCGCCCACCUCAUCCGCGAACAAAUACAAGCAAAUUUCGGGGACUGGGGCUCCGGAGUCGUCGCCGCGACUUUAAACGUGAAAUAUUUCUCCCAUGCAACGAGUACGGGGAUCUUGAGGGUAACGAGACAGCAUUUUAGACUGGCGUGGGCUGCGUUGACGUUCUUGACGGAGAUUUUGGGGAGGGGGUGUGUGAUUAAGGUUGUUAGGGUGAGUGGGACGAUCAAGAAGGCGGAGAUGGAGGUGAUUAAGAGGGGGCGGGCGGGGAUUUUGGCUACCUCUGGUUCUAUCAUCGAGCCAUAACGACGGAGAGUAGAAGGAGGAGGAAGAUGUACGAUAUAGAGAAUGCAUUAAGGAGCGCUGGUCGCUCUGGGAUACCCAUAUGAAGAGAAUAAAAUCUAUAUUUGACUGGAAGCGUCUCAUUCUCCAUUCCUCCUCCAAUCGCCCUUCUGAUGCCUCCAAGUAACGAAAUGCGUCAACCCUAACAACACCGGCACCUCUACCAACGGCCCCACAACACUCGCCAACGCCUGCUUCGAAUCAAUCCCAUAACUCGCAAUAGCAACAGCGAUAGCUAACUCGAAAUUGUUGGAGGCACCGGUGAAGGC